GCCAUGGCGGAACCGCGGCCAUCCACAGACGAGGAGACCGCUCCUCUCCUAAACGAUGGAACAAGCCCCGCCCACGAAGAACCGACUUUCGCUGAACGCGUCGCGGCCGUCUUUGAUGAACCGCUCACCGCGUUGACCAAAGUCCUCAUUGUUCUAGUCGUUCUCUUCUUGCUCCUUGCCUCGAUCUUCAUCGGUCUGUUCGCCGGCGCGCAACACAAGCUGAACACCGGCAAGGGCGAUACCCCAGGAGAGAGCGUGACCACCACCGUGGUCACCACAGCGACAGCGACGACUACCGACGUCCAGACCACCACCAUUAGCGCUCCCAUUCCCGGGCCCACCGAUGCACCAGAAGAGAAAGUAUGCCUCACGCCGAGCUGCAUUACACUCUCCGCCGAGAUCCUCGCCUCGCUCGACACGUCCGUAGACCCCUGCGAGAGCCUGUACGACUUCGCGACCGGCGGAUGGCGCAAGGCGCACCCCAUUCCCGCAGGAAAAGGCAGCUUUGAGUCCUUUGGCGAGCUCGCGGUGAAGAACAAGCAGGUCAUCCAUGCCAUUCUCGAGCCCGCCGAGGACACCAACUCUCUCGCCACCUCCGUGUCGCUCCCGGAUGUGGACGAGGAGGCAGCCAUGCUCGGCUCGCCUGCGGAUAAGGUGUACGACACGCUGUUGUUGAAGAAGCUGCGGUGGUUGUACGGCUCGUGUAUGGAUGAAGACUACCUCGACGAGGUUGGUGCAGCGCCGCUGCUGAAGGUUACCGACACCGUCCGGAAGCUGUUCAACGGUUCCACGACAAUUGUUGACGCGGCCUCCGCUGAAGAAGGCGGACUCGGCAAGGAGAAAAAUCUGAACCUAACUGCCGCCAUUGCGUUCUUGCACUCGAAGGGUAUCCCGGUGAUCUUCGACGUGGAAGUCGACGGUGACGCCGGCGUCGACCCCGACGCGAUGACGCUAUGGUUCACGCAGUCCGACUUCGGCCUGCCGUCCAAGGAAUAUUUUGAGGAAGACGAUAUCGUAGCGCUCUACCAGAGCGUCAUCGAGCGCCUGCUCGAAUAUCUCUACCAGGACACGCCGUCUGCCUCCGCAUCGCUUUCCGCAUCACAGAGCAGCCUCGUCGUCAACGAUGAAGCCGGCACCAGCUACUCCUGGCCGCCGUGGCCCUGGCCACCGUGGGGCGACGACGAUGAUGACGAAGACCUCCCGCCGGCGCCCAAACCCAUCAACUUCACCCAACUCGCCGCCGACGUCGUCACCUUCGAGAAGCGGCUCGCGGCUGCCUCGCUCGCACUCGACAAGCUCUACCAGGAUCCGUUCGGGACGUACAAUCCGACACCCAUCGCGAAUCUCACGCUGGCGCUGCCGCAGAUCGCGUGGGGCGAGUACUUCGCGAGCAUGACGCCGCGCGCGUAUCCCGCGAUCGUGAUCGAGACGUACCCCGCCUAUCCGGCGAAAGUGUCUGAGAUCUUGGCCAAGACCGAGGGUGAGGUCGUCGCAGCCUACUUCGUUGCGCGCGCCGCGCUUGCGCUCGCACCCAACCUCGGGUACGGGACCGUGCCGUGGAAGGUGACGCGCGAGCUCACCGAGGAGCUGCAGGGCAUCAAGAAGGGCGCGGUACCGGACCGAUCGGAAUGGUGCAUCGGCAAGGUCGAGUCUUCGCUCGGGUUUGCUGCUGGCCGCUACUUCGUGAACGAAACGUUCACCGGAGACUCGCGCGAAAAGGCGACGAAGGUGAUCACGGACAUCGUCGGCGCGUUCAAGAAGAGCCUCGAGGAUGUCGAAUGGAUGGACGAGGAGAGCGCCAAGGCGGCUGCCGAGAAGGCGGACGCGCUGAGGGUGAAGGUCGGCUUCCCCAUGUCACCGAACACGCUAGACCCGCGCUCGUUAUAUGUGUACUAUCAGCUCGUGCGCGUGAACCAGUCGGACUUCUUCGGCAACAUGCUCAACUCAUACUCGAGCGACGUGUACAAGAAAUGGCAGAAGCUUGGCAAGCGACGUGACCACGAGGAGUGGGAGAUGUGGCCGUCGAUGGUCAACGCGUAUUAUAACCCGCCCGGGAACGAGAUCGUGUUCCCGGCUGGUAUUCUUCAGCCUCCGUUCUUCUCCCAGGACUGGCCUGCGUACAUGGCAUAUGGCUCCUUCGGCAUGGUCGCGGCCCAUGAGCUUACGCACGCGUUCGAUUCGGCCGGACGAAUGUACAACCAGCAGGGCAAGCUCGAAGAGUGGUGGACCAACGCGACCAGCGCGGCGUUCAACGAGCGCGCGGAGUGUAUCUCCAAGCAAUACUCGAACUAUACCGUGGACGACGGUAAAGGCGGCGUGGUCCACGUGAACGGCAACCUCACGUCGGGAGAGAACAUCGGAGACAGCGGUCUCAUUCAGUCCUACCGCGCGUGGAAGGCGCAGUACGCCGACUCGUUGCGGAACGGAAACGAAUAUGUUCUGCCUGGCCUCGGCUUCACCAAGGAUCAGCUGUUCUUCAUCUCGUUCGCGCGGACGUGGGCACAAAACAUCAAGCCCGCCUCAGCUGUUGCACGCGUGCGUACCGAUCCUCACUCGCCCAACCGCUACCGGACCGACGGUACUGUGUCUAACAUACCUGAGUUCGCGAAAGCGUUCAAUUGUUCUGCGAAAGCCAAGCUCAACCCGCCCGACUCGGAGCGUUGCUUGCUCUGGAACUAAACCAAUUCCCGUCUCGCCGAAGGAAAAACCGAGAGUCGGAGCGAAGAUCAUAUGCAGAGCCCCGCGGUGUAAGAUAUACAAUACAAGGACAUGCGCGAGCUGCAUUUGGUUUGUACUACCGAAAUAUCUAUAAGACACCUUUUGUGCUUGGCACGUCGUUCCCGCCUGUGCGCUCGAUCGCUUGCCGGAUAGCGAUAGCGAGCGCCUUGAACGCGGAUUCUGCCCGAUGGUGGUCGUUCUGGCCACGCAGCACGUCGACGUGGAGCGUCACGCCGGAGGCCAUGGCAAACGAGUAGAAGAUGUGCGGGAACAUCUCGGUGGAGAGGUCACCGAUCUUUUCUCGUUUGAGGCCAAGGUCGGUGAAGCAGUAUGGACGAGAGCAGAUGUCGAUCACUGCGCGGGAUAAGGCCUCAUCCAGAGGCGCGAAGCCCGUGCCAUAGCGGCGGAUCCCCCGAACUUCGCCCAGCGCCUGCUUGAAUGCCGUGCCUAGAGCGAUCGCGCUGUCUUCUGCUGUGUGGUGGUCGUCGAUGUGCAGAUCACCCUGGCACUUCAUCGUGAGCGACAUGCCGCUGUGCUUCGCGAGGGCAUGAUACAUAUGGUCGAGGAAACCGAUCCCGGUGGAGACAUCGAUGACCUGCGCGUUCUGGGUGCCCGGUUGGCAGUCGAGGUUGAUGGAGACCUCGAUCUGUGUCUCGGCCGUGUUGCGGGUGAUGGUCGCCGUCCUGGCCGC